AUGGCAUAUCAACUGUACCAGAGAAAGCAGAGGACUUCCUCGUCUUCUGCUCCUUCAACACCUUUGCUAGCUCUCCGUCAACCCACAAAUCCCCCAAUCCGCCCUCCUCCCGUUCACCCGCCUCAAUCUGCUGUCGCAAAUGCGUCUGGACCUAAGCGAUCCAAGGAGGAGACAUUUGACCCAUACCCUCUUGAUAUAGAUGGAAAGGCGACUCCACAUUCACAUAUCACGGUUGAAAAAGUCAACACGGCGCAUAUCCCUUCGUUGGCGCGCAUCACAGGCUUGCUCCUGCCAAUCCGCUACCCAAACUCGUUCUACACGGCUACCAUAACUGAUCCGGUGAUCGCUUCUCUGUCGCGGGUUGCUAUCUACCAUGAUCACCCUGUUGCAGAAGUCCCAGGAGUUGGUGCUGCUGGAACAGACAAAGUGAUCGGUGGCAUUCGGUGCCGACUGGAAAGAGUCCACCAGCUGGAGAACUCAGCUCAGGAUCCAGAAAUACAGGGACAUGGAGACACCAACCUCUAUAUUCAGACUUUACAUUUGCUUUCACCAUAUCGAGGCCAUGGUGUGGCAGCGUCACUCUUGAACACGAUUCUUUUCGCGUCGCCGCCCGAUUCCAAAACCAAGGAAAACUACCGAGUUUCUGAGCUUGUCAAGCACUAUAACAUCCGUGCUGUGACGGCGCAUGUACAUGAAGCAAACGAAGAUGCUAUGAACUGGUAUCUUGCGCGCGGAUUUAAGGUUGAUGGCCAUGUUGACGAUUACUACCGCCGGUUAAAGCCCUCCGGCGCGAAGAUCGUUCGGCUAGAUUUACAGUGGGACGAAGUGACUAUGAAAGAAGCUUCCCCGGAAAGCUCAGAUUCUCAAAAAGGACCUUGCGAUAACCUUGAGGAUGAGGACUGGGAGAAGGUUGAGGCAGAGGAUGGGGAUGAAGGUGACCAUGGCAUCCAGCUCUUAAGUGAGUCGCGAUUCAUUGAGAAGCCGGAGACACCCUCGCGCAAGCGUAAGGCCGAAUAA